GUGGAAAAUCCAAGGAGUUAAAAGUCCCAGCUCCAUACUCUCUCUGAAUGAUUUCAAUACACCUUUACAUAUGAAGUUGACCUAAUUCCUGAGGUCAGAAUGCUGCUCAUCUGUCAUGCGCUAGCUGUGGCUGUCAUCCAGAUUUUUAUCUUCUCAGAAAAUCGGGCAUUUUCCAAAAACAUCAACUUCUACAAUGUGAGGCCUCCUCUCGACCCCACACCAUUUCCAAACAGCUUCAAGUGUUUUACCUGUGAAAAUGCAGGGGAUAAUUACAACUGCAAUCGAUGGGCAGAAGACAAGUGGUGUCCACAAAAUACCCAAUAUUGCUUGACAGUUCAUCACUUUACCAACCAGGGAAGAAGUACCAUCACCAAAAAGUGUGCAUCUAGAAAUGAAUGUCAUUUUGUUGGCUGCCGCCACAGUCAAGAUUCUGAACAUACGGAGUGUAGGUCUUGCUGUGAAGGAAUGAUCUGCAAUGUCGAAUUGCCCACCAACCAUACAAAUGCAGUCUUUGCUGUAAUGCAUGCUCAGAGAACGUCUGGCAGCAGUGCCCCCACGCUCUCCCUACCAGUAUUUGCCUGGGUCUUCAUGCUCCCACUUCUAUGAUGCCACCAUCCCUAGGGGGACAGAGACUAGCCCUCUAAAGCACAAGGCAAAAACAGGGUGCACGGUGAACUUUGGAGUGAAGACCUAUCUUAGUGAACAGUGCACACUGGACCCUGAAACAAGCUAGUGGUUUGCUUUGCUAAAACAUUCCUGCAUGAGUUCUCAGCACUGAGGAUGGGGAUAGUAAGGACUGGGAGGAACAACUGCCUCCCAGGCUUCCAAUCAAAGGAGAAGUUCUACAAGGAGGACCCUGCCAGAAGCUUGGACAUGUUACAGUAGCCUGAUAAAUCUUAAAAGACUGAAAGGACCUCUUGACCUCACUGACUCCCUCGGAGGCUGCUGGAUCAGACUCUCUAGUUUCUACAAUUAGCUCAGAGCAUCUCUGCAAAAUCUGACCCUUCCCCCUUUGCGAAAAGUUUCCCUAAUAUAUCAGUUAGCUUUCUGUUACUAUAACAAUUAUCUGAGAUAAUCAACUUAUACAAAAGAAGAGGUUUACUUUGGCUCACAGUUCUGGAGGAUGACAUCCAUACUAGUUAGCCCAGUUGUAUUUGGGCUUGUGAUGAGUGGAACCAAGAAAGAGAAGAGACCAGGAUCUAAAAUCCUCUUCAAGAACACACCCCCAGUGACCUAAAACUGCCGAUUAGUCCCUACAGCUUAAAGGCUCCACCGCCUCCAAUAGCACCACAGAUUGGA